UGUCACACUAGUUGAGCUGACGCUGCUCACUGGACCAUGCACACGGGUUGCUGACACAAGUUGCAGUGACACUUUUCAUUCAUUGUCUUUGGGUUGCAAAACUCCAGGAAUCUAGGAGAGGCACCUCUAAUACACACUGUCACAAGUUAGUUUAGUCACAGAUCCUCUCUUGUGUCGUCUGUGCGAGCACCAGUACCUGUGACUGAGUCUCCGGCCGUACUGGAUUUUCCAAUCAUCAUCACCAUCAUCGUUAACAUCGCCAAUAUGAUAAUAAGCAUCGCUCUGAUCUGGGCAGUGGUUGUGGCAUUCUGCUGCCUCCUAUGGCUCGCUGUGGGGACACGACACAGGCAGCCUGGUGAGCCUGUAGUUGAAUAUGGCUUCAUCCCUUACCUGGGCUGUGCUUUGCAAUUCGGUGCAAACCCACUCCAGUUCCUUCGCAGCCGCCAGAAGAUGUACGGCCAUAUUUUCACCUGCAAGAUCGCAGGCCAGUACAUUCAUUUCCUGUGUGACCCCUUCUCAUACUAUUCAGUCAUCAGACAGGGGAGGCACCUGGAUUGGAGGAAGUUCCACUUUGCUACCUCUGUCAAGGCCUUUGGCCAUGACAGCUUCGACCCUCGCCAUGGCCACACCACAGAGAACCUCCACCAAACCUUUCUGAAGACCCUGCAAGGUGAAGCUAUACCCUCGCUGAUACAGACCAUGAUGGGCCACCUCCAGGACGUCAUGCUGAGGUCGGACACACUCAGUCCCAGCAAGGACCACUGGGAGGUGGAUGGUAUCUUCGCUUUCUGCUACAAGGUGAUGUUUGCCGCUGGCUAUUUGACACUAUUUGGUAAAGAGUUUGGUGAAGAUAAGUGUCAAGCGAGGCAGGCGGCCACGAAAGCCUUGGUGCUCAAUGCUUUGGAGAACUUCAAGGAGUUUGACAAAAUCUUCCCGGCAUUGGUGGCUGGUCUGCCCAUCCAUGUCUUCAAGAGUGCCUACAGUGCCAGAGAGAACCUGGCAAAGACCAUGAAUCCUGAAAACUUGUCCAAGCGGGAGAAUGUUUCUGACCUCAUCUCGAUGAGGAUAAUCCUGAAUGAUUCCUUAUCUACCUUCAAUGACGUGAGCAAGGCCAGAACCCACGUCGCUCUGCUAUGGGCGUCGCAGGCUAACACCCUGCCUGCUACCUUCUGGUGUCUCUUGUAUAUGAUCAGGAGUCCUGAUGCCAUGAAAGCAGCUCGGAAGGAAGUGGAGAAGGUUCUGGAAGAUUCGGGUCUGACUCCUGACCCCAGUGACCCCACACUGAGCCUUACCAGGGACCAGCUGGACAACAUGUCUGUUCUGGACAGCAUCAUAAAAGAAGCCAUGCGUCUUUCCAGUGCUUCCAUGAAUGUGCGCAUUGCCAAGGAAGACUUCCUGCUUCACCUUGACAACCAAGAAGCAUACCGUAUAAGGAAAGAUGAUGUCAUUGCCCUGUAUCCACCCAUGCUGCACUUUGAUCCAGAAAUAUAUGAGGAUCCCUAUGAGUACAAGUUUGACCGCUUCCUGGAUGAGAAGGGUCAGGAGAAAACCAGUUUUUACCGCAGCGGACGGCGGCUACGUUAUUUCUACAUGCCGUUUGGCUCCGGGGUCACCAAAUGCCCAGGCAGAUUUUUUGCUAUGUAUGAGAUCAAGCAGUUCCUCACUAUGGUGCUGUCCUACUUUGACGUGGAACUGUUGGACCCUGCUGUCAAAGUCCCGCCUCUUGACCAAUCCCGUGCCGGACUGGGAAUCCUUCAGCCUACCUAUGAUGUGGACUUCAGAUACAAACUGAGAUCCAAGCACUAGGUUCAGUUUUUUUUUCAGUGUCUGAAAUACACAUUGUACAUAGUCAAUAUUUAACAGUGGUAAUGAAAAUGCUGCAUAUGUAAAUAGACUGAAUUAUACUUUUUGUUGUCGUUUUAAUUUGCUUCUGAAGAACAUGUUUUCCUUUUUUUUCUAUCUGUCUGUUUCUCUUUUUUAAUGGUGCAAAAACAAAUCUAGUGAUUCAUCAGAUACAACGAUGACUGAAAUGUGUUUAUUCACUUGAGGAUGUGACCCUGUGGUGGUCUCAGACCCCUGCAUGUGUAUUUGGUUUGUGUUACAUGGGUAGACAGGUGACGAUGAUGAAUGGGGCCCAGCAUGUGCGAUAUAAAUCUAUUUGAUUGUGUGUGGGUUUUUUUUAAAUAUUUGAUUAUCUGUACAUAUAUAUUCAAAUGGUAGAAGGUGACAAUUUGUUUCAGUGGUGGUUUAAGGAAUGGGACUUCUGCUAUUGUUACAUUACUGCCAACUUAUUUUCAUAGCAAAGGCAGUUUUUCUACCCUGCAGACAGCAAUUGGAUUCAUUAGAUGCCACAUGACUGUAUAAUGGCAAUGCAAUACAGACUCUGUAAAUCAAUCUACACAGAGAAAACUCUAGGAGAGACUAAAGAAAUAAAAAUCUGAAAAUACGUGGAAA